AUGUCAGGCAAACACUAUAACCGCUCCCUGCUUUGUCACAAGACUAUGUACGAAGCUCUGCAAAGACUACGAUUUGAAGAAUUUCUAGACACGCUAGACGACGAAAGCCAAGAAGACAUCUCAUCGUUUGUUGAAACCAUGAAAAAAGCGUUUGAAGAGGAUCAACUACGCGAAUAUAUCAAUAGUGAACAAAUGGAACAGCUAUGUGAGCGUUACGAAGCCUUUAUUGUCGAGUCAUCAGCUAGAUCACUUACCUUCGCCUACUGGAGCAUGUACAUUCAAAUGACUGGUAAUUAAUUGGCUUACAGUAUUACAAAUGUAUCUGAAAUAAAAAAAGGUAUUUCAAAGGCUAAUUCUUUUUUUAUUUUUCUAGGCAUACUUCUGUUAUUCAUCCGAGCAACCAGAGAAGUGGAUUGGAACCUUCAUUUGUCAUCAUUUCGAUCAAUGAUCCCUUGGUUUUUUGCGUGCGAUAAAGUUAAUUACGCAAGAUAUGGCUCAGCGUAUUGGCUAGAGAUGAUUUCAUUAGAGAAAUCCCAUCCAGGUACAUGUGUGUUUUUGUAGUCUUAUUACAUUGUAGCCUAUUAAAACGCUUGCUUGAAAUUGGACAGCCAUUCUUUUACAUACAGUAUAUUUAAUGUAGGAUAUGUUUAUAUUAUAAAAGUUUACUUCUUUGUAAUUUAUAGGAGCUCUUCCAGAAGUUUCCGCAAACUUCGCGGUACAACGCCAGAACAAUUAUGGGUUUGCAGCCGUUGCGUGCGACCAAACGAUCGAACAGACAGCUAACAGAGAUUCUAAAACCAAGGGUGGUUUGAUAGGCUUUACAAUGAAUCGCGCAUCAGUGCAUAGAUGGCUCCUCUCGCAAUCUGAAAGGGCUAGGAUCACAGGCCAGUGCAAAUAUAUGGCUGGAAUUAACUGCAAACCACGGUAAGUUUGUAUUCAAUUAAGUUUGUGACCGAAAGCUGAAAUUUAAUAGAAAUCUUUCACACCAACUAUGCAAAUAUUUGAUCAGAAAUGUCAAUGACAAUAAUAAUUGUAUUUCUUUAGAAACAAAAAAGAUCUGGAUGCAACAAAAUGCCAGAAUUAUGAAAAUUCUGUGUGCGGUGUCCUAGCAACAAUUACAAGCAUGAUCAAUCCAUUUAACUCCGAUCAAGAUGGGCUCGUCAAUAUAACAAGUGGCGUUGAACUACCAAAGGAUUCAGCUAAAAGUCUUCUUGACGCAGAAAAGUUGGGUGAGGGUCAAUUCACUGCAUUUUGCGAAGACAACCUUUUAAGCAAGAAACCUGAUAUAUUUACCCCGAUCAAGAGAAACAAAAUAAGGACAUUUUCAAGCAAGACCAAAACAAUGACAGACAAGAAGGGCCAAACAAUAGCUGUCAAAUCAACCAGAAAUCUCUUUGCGCGACUGUUGGUUAUCUCCAAAACACGCGAAAUCGACUUGAAGGGACUUCUUUCCUUUAGCUUAAGUGAAUUCCCACUAUCCAUUGCCACUGUUUCCGGAGAUCUUGUGAAAACCACUAAGUCGAAGAUGUUCGAAGUAUUGGAGAAGACCGCAAGUAGCCCAGUAGUAGAUGUAGAGAGCCUUCAAAAUGGAACUGCAUUAAUCGUAGAUGGUAUGGCCGUAGUACAGGCCAUGAAGGGAAAGUGGAGAACAUUUGGAGAAUUUGCUGAUUCAGUGUUUUCCUAUCUGUUGAAUCUUGCAAAGCAAUGGAAGGCU